GAAAGGCUCUUUGACGGCCGGGGCAGACGGGCAGGAGGCGACCAGGCGGCAGCAGCAGCAGCGGCACGCGCCGUCCGGGACGGCCCUGAGUGAGAUGGCAGCUUCCACCCUGGUGCUCCUGGUGCUGCUGCUGCCCACGGCGGCCUGGCCCGGCCUGGGGCUGCCCAGGAGGCCCUGUGUGCAGUGCUGCCACCCGGCCCGGCCCCCGGCCGCCGCCCCCAGCCCGUACGGCCACGGGAGUGCCGGGGACCCGCGGUGGGGGCUGCCCCGAGUACGGCCCACCAUAGACAUCUCAAUCCUCAAAGGUGAGAAGGGCGAGGCAGGGGUCAGAGGUCGCUCUGGCAGGAGUGGGAAGGAGGGUCCGCCGGGCUUCCGGGGCCCGCAGGGCCGCAAAGGCCAGAAGGGGCAGGCGGGGCCCCCGGGCGCCCCGUGCCAGCGCGCCUUCGCGGCCUUCUCGGUGGGCAGGCGCGAGGCGCUGCACAGCGGCGAGGACGUGGAGGCCGUGCCCUUCGACACGGAGCUGGUGAACCUGGACGGCGCCUUCGACCUGGCCGCGGGCCGCUUCCGCUGCGCGGUGCCCGGUGUCUAUUUCCUGAGCCUGAACGUGCACACCUGGAACCGCGAGGAGACCUACCUGCACGUCAUGCUGAACCGGCGGCCCACGGCCGUGCUGUACACGCAGCCCGGCGAGCGCAGCGUCAUGCAGGCGCAGAGCCUGCUGCUGCCGCUGGCCGCCGGCGACGCCGUCUGGGUGCGCAUGUUCCGGCGCGACCGCGGCAACGCCGUCUACGGCGAGCGCGGGGACCUGUACAUCACCUUCAGCGGCCACCUGGUCAAGCCGGCCGCGGAGCUCUAGCCGGCGGUGCCCGGGAGCCCCCGUGCCGCGUCCCCGCCGCAACGGCCUCCCCGGGACCCCAGCCUGACCGCAGCGUCCCGGUGGAGCGCGGGGGCAGCCGUGCUUGGGCGCCGACUGCGCACAGGCAUCUCGCGAUGGCACCGCCUGACGCACGGCCCGGCCUCGCGGGCGGACACAGGAAGGGACCACGCGGAGCCACGCGGGCAGAGGCCUGUGGCAUGGGCGUGUGGCGGGGGCCGGCGGGGCCCGUUGCUCACCUGUGUUCACUGCCCUGGCCGCUCUGCGAAUAAAGGCUGUGUCGGCACCA